AUGGCCUCAUCUCUUCUUAACAAAAAAUCCCAUGCUCGAUCUAAUAGUUUGCCAUCCAGACCACAUCCUCUCAUUCUAGAUUGCAAUGAGCAUUUAUGCAGAUUGGAUGCUUCUGCUUCAUCAUCAUCAUUAAGCUGCAAACUAAGUGGCCUUCAGGAUUUGCAUGAUUGUGUUGAAAAGUUGCUUCAGCUGCCCCAAAUGCAACAUGACUUUGUCGAAAGGUGUAAUGGGAAAUGGGUAGAAGAGCUUUUGGAUGGAUCUCUCAGGCUCUUGGACAUGUGCAGUGCAGCCAAGGAUGCCUUGAUACAUACAAAAGAAUGCGCACGCGAACUCCAAUCAAUUAUGCGCAGAAGAGCAGGAGGUGACAUGGGGCUUGAAAGGGAGGUUAGGAAAUUCUUGACCUCUAGGAAGGUUGUCAAGAAGGCAAUUCAGAAGGCCUUAAAGGGCAUGGAAAGCAUGCAUACUGACAAAAACCAUGAGACGCUUCCCAUGGUUAGCACAUUGAGAGAAAUAGAAACAGUAACUCUCACUGUGUUUGAAUCCUUGUUGUCCUUUGUUGCCGGGCCGAGGUUGCAAUCAAAACUAAGCAGCUGGUCCUUGGUUUCUAAGUUGGUGCUCCCCAAAAGAGUAGCACAUGAGAAUGAAGAAACAGCUGCAUCUGAAUUUGAGAAGGUGGAAGCUGCAUUACACUCCCUCAUUAGCCACAACAUAAGCAAAUCAGAUUAUAUCACUCACGUUGAGAAUGUGCAGAACUUGCUGGGGAAUUUGGAGUCAAUUGUUCAAGAUCUUGAAGAAGGACUUGAGUGCCUGUUUAGGCGCCUAAUCAAAACCAGAGUUUCUCUUCUCAACAUCUUGAACCACUAG